CACUGAUGGACUGAGAACGGAGAAAUUUGGAAUAGGCUCCCUAUUUUUUCAUCAGUUUUAGUCGAUAUCUCAGACCGAAAUGGUGCCCUGUAUCAUUUUCAUCGCCUUGUUUGUCACUGCGGUGCGAUCCCAAGAUAUCCAUCCCUCACAGGCAUCAUCCUCUAUUAGUGAGUCUUGUGACUCCUUGUGCUCCUGCGAGGGGAAAGAUGGCAUCCUUCAUCUGAACUGUGAGCAGAGAAACAUCAGCAAAAUCUCCCAAAUCAUAGUCCCGUCAGGUGUGCCCUUCCACCUGAACCUUUACAAAAAUGACUUGGUUGAGCUGCGCGCUGAGGAAAUGGAAGGGCUUAAGAAUGCCCUGUCACUGCACAUAGGGGGUAAUAGCAUACAAGAGCUGGAACCAGGGGUCUUUAGCGCUCUCGGUUCACUUAAAAAACUCCACAUAAAUAGCAAUUUCCUCGUCACUCUGAAAGAGGACACUUUUCAAGGCCUGGUGAAUUUGGAGUUUCUCCAAGCUGACACAAAUUUUAUUCGGGUCAUCGAGCCAGGGGCCUUCAACAAACUGAUCCGCCUCAAGGUCCUCAUCCUGAAUGAUAAUUCCAUCGAGUUUUUACCCAGCAACAUUUUCCGGUUUGUGCCCCUCACGCACCUGGACCUGCGUGGAAACAAGCUGCAGACACUGCCUUACGUGGGGUUUUUGGAGCACAUCGGCCGGAUAAUGGAGCUUCUCCUGGAGGACAAUGACUGGGUCUGCGACUGUGACAUUUUACAUUUAAAAAUCUGGAUGGAAAACAUGAGGGCCCAGUCUGCAAUUGGGGAUGUGGUAUGCAGCACACCACAUCACCUUAAGGGAACCAUUCUGGCUAAAGUGAAGCGGGAUGUUCUGUGCCCGUCUCAUGCAGAUAUUAACCUGGAGGAGCCAUCAAAGUCGCUGGAUAUGGUCGUUACACCCUCGUCCAAAGUGUCUCAGGUUCCCAAGUUGGUCAACGCCAAAGAUGACGCCAAGGUACCGACCCCCUCUCACUUUCCUGGCAGCCCUUGUGUGGAACACUGUUCCUGUCACAAUCACCCUGUGGCUGGGUUUUUGAUGCAUUGUCAGGACAGAGGGAUUCAAAAGGUGUCGGAUAUCGGAAUACUUCAGCAAAGUCCCACUAAACUGGUCAUGACGGGAAAUAUGAUUCAGAAACUCUUGAAAUAUGAUUUCGUCACCUAUGAUAGUUUAGAAUUGCUCAACCUGGCAAACAACAGAAUUGAUUACAUUGAUAAUGAAACUUUCCUCAGCCUGAGCAGUUUGAAAAAACUGUAUUUGAAUGGUAACAGAAUUGAGAAACUGUUUUCCACAAUGUUUGUGGGGCUCCACAACCUUGAAUACCUGUAUCUGGAAUACAACCUUAUCAAAGAGAUUGCCCCAGGCACAUUUAAUCCCCUGCCAAACCUGAAGCUGCUGUCAUUAAAUAACAACCUGCUCAGCUCUCUUCCCGCGCAGAUAUUUCGCAACGUGCCCCUCACCAAAUUAAACCUGAGGAAAAAUCUACUUAUGCACCUGCCAGUGAGCAACGUGCUUGAUCAACUCGACUCACUGGAGCAAAUUUAUUUAGAGGACAACCCCUGGGACUGCAGCUGCGACUUGCUCAGCCUCAAACAAUGGGUGGAGAAACUCAGAAAGGACACAGUGGUGGGCUCCAUUUUGUGUCACACCCCAAAGAACGUGAUGCAGGCUGAGCUUAGAAGUGUUCGUCAUGAGACUCUGUGUCCCGGUUUAGGGACCUACUACCCUAUGUCUCCAGGUGGCGAGGAGAGUGUGACAGCUACACUGGGGCCUGACAGCAGCGGCAAGAGUUUGUUCAGCCCACUCACAGACACUGUCCCACUCUCUGUGCUCAUCUUAAGCCUUCUUGUUUUUGUCCUCAUGAUUAUAUUCUGCUCGGCAGGGCUGGUGGUGUUUGUAGUACACCGCCGGCGGAGAAGGGCGAAGAAAAAAGCAGCGGAGGAACAGCCCAGAGAAAACACCAACAGUAGUCCCAUCCACUUACAUUACAGCAUGUAUGGGCAGAAAACUACACACCACACUCUGACCCAGAGAACAGGGUCUGCCAGUCUGUAUGAAGAGAGAUCACAUAGUCCUAUUGUUCAGAUCUGCCGCAACCCCACCUACUGCUCCCAGCACAAGGAGCACGACGCAGAUUUGGAUUAUAGCCUGGACGAGCCGGGCGCUAAGCACCACCUCUGCCGGAGUAUCAUGGAGAAGGAGAACACGUCUCCUCUCACGGGAAAUCCCAGCUCAAAGUUCAGACCCAUGACUGGAGAGUGCCCUGCAGAGUUCGUCACUCUUGGGAAUCCCAACUCCUUGUACAGGAACAUACUGGAGCGGGAGAAGGAGCUGCAGCAGCUUGGAAUAACGGAGUACCUUAGGAAAAACAUGCCCCAGCUUCAGUCUGCUGUGGACAUGCAGGUCCCGGGGCACCAGGAGGAGUUAAAGCUAAUGGAGACAAUUAUGUACACAAGACCACGUAAGGUCAUGCUUGAGCAAACUAAGAAUGAGUACUUUGAACUCAAAGCUAACCUGCAUACUGAGCCAGACUACUUGGAGGUUCUGGAGCAUCAAACUGCAUUUAACUGAGCUUAAGCAGCAGAAAAAAGAAACGACGUAUAUUAUGUUUUGAACCAAGUGCCUUGUACUGUUUGCCCUCUUGUUCCACAGUGUGAAAUAUGUAUCAUGGGAACAUCACUUUAAGUUUUACUGUAGCACAGAAUGUAACUGGUUUAUUUUUGUGACCUUGUAUUUGUUGACAGCCAUGUUAUGUAGCUGGUGAACAGUGUCAUAUAUUUGGCCAAAUGUAACUUAAAGAAGCUGUCGCCGUCUGUUGAGCAGACCUGGGUUGAAACCCUCUUUGAAAUUCACUCAAUCAGCGUUUUACGAUUGAUUCAAUUUCCAUGGUGUUACUGCAGCCAAAUGAAUUGAUCCACAGCAGCACACACACACACCCCCACGUCUGACAGGAUAAAGCAGAUGUUUGGAAAGACGGGAGUGAAUUUCAAUCACCACUUGACCCAGAAUUGCUGUUUAAUCAGUCUAUCCUGACUCUGGGUAUGACCUGAUUACACCCUCUGUCAACAUAAGCCAGCUGGAUCGCUGUAACCAGAAUGCUCAUUGUGCCGUAGAGUCAGCAAAAUGCCAACAUUGGAAAACAGCGAUAGGAGUGGUGGUUCCACGGCUAUUCUCCUGUCACUUCUUCGGAUCGACCCAUCCCACUGCUCAGCUGCAGUCUAUGGGGUCUUUAUUUAUUUUUAUACAAGCUGAUGAUACUCACAGAAAGGAUGUUAUUUUUCUCUCAAUCAGUAAAUAGAGCACUUAAAGUACAGUAUAUAAUACACAACUGUAAUCUUGUAAAAAUGCAUUGCACUAAUCCAAUGCCAUAAGAUGGUGCAUGACAAUCAACAAAGUCCUGCUGAAUUUUUUUUUUUGAAUUUCUGCCAGAAAAAAUGAGCCACAAAUGUGUAUGAUCCUUCAGUGUGUGUGUAUGUGUGUGUGUGUGUGUGUGUGUGUGUGAGAGAUCGUGUUUCACGUCACUAUUUUAUGUCUGGCGAUACUGAAACAGCAUUCAGGAACGUUGCUCCCUCCUCAUGCUGUCAUUGGCUGAUCUGGAACUGUUGGAACUGAUCAGAGGCGGGGCAUAUUAACCUGUUAGCACAUGAAUGGUUACUGUUGAAGCAACAUUACCCAAGACCACGCAGACCAACCUUUCUCUGUUUCUCAGCUCGUAUUAAAAGCAGUGGACCGCUGGCGACUGACAUUUUUUCCAACGUGGACAUUGUCACUCUUCAGGAUUUAUACCACACCCUCCAUUCAUACUCUUGGAAACUCAUUCAACUUUGAAACAGUUCAUGUAAGCACACACUCUGUAGCUUUUCUACUUAACUAGAUUUAUUAUUUAUUCUGUAUAUUUUGUAUAUACUUAUGUUCCAUUAUAUCUAUGGUUUUUGUGUGCCUUCAGUGCUGUACAGAAUAUAAACAGAAGUUGUAACUGAGA